AUGGGCACAGGUCUUAGGCACCCCAUAUUUCCUCAACAAUGGGCUGUUCUAGUGCCCAUCUUAGCAUUCCUACCUCUCUCUCAAUGUUUCAACUAUGGUGAGGCUCUUUCCAAGAGCAUCCUCUACUAUGAAGCACAACGUUCUGGUCAAUUGCCAUAUAACCAAAGAGUUACUUGGAGACACCAUUCUGGUCUUUCAGAUGGAUUUCAAGAAGGGGUGGACUUGGUAGGAGGAUACUAUGAUGCUGGUGACAAUGUCAAGUUUGGCCUUCCAAUGGCUUUUACCAUAACAAUGUUGUCUUGGAGUGUCCUGCAAUACCAAGAACAAGUCGUUGCUGCUGGAGGCGAAUAUAGCCAUGCUCUUCAGGCAAUCAAGUGGGGAACUGAUUAUUUAAUCAAAGCACACUCAGAGCCUCACGUCUUAUGGGUUCAAGUUGGCGAUGGGAAAAAUGAUCACCAGUGUUGGCAACGGCCGGAGGACAUGAGAAACUCCCGACGUGCUUACAAAAUCGACGAGAAAAAUCCGGGUUCAGAGGCUGCCGGAGAAACUGCAGCAGCCAUGGCAGCAGCAUCAAUUUUGUUUAGGAAAGUUAAUCCACAUUAUUCCCACAUUCUUUUGGAGCGUGCACAACAGUUGUUUGAGUUUGGUGACAAGUUUAGAGGGAAAUAUGAUGAUAGCGUUGAGGUGGUGAAGAAGUAUUAUCCAUCUGCUAGUGGAUACAAAGAUGAAUUGCUUUGGGCAGCUUUGUGGCUGUACAAAGCCACUGAAAAUGUUGACUAUCUGAAUUAUGCCUUAGAAAAUGCUGAAUCUUUUGGUGGAACAACUUGGGCCAUCAAAGAAUUCAGCUGGGAUAUCAAGUAUGCUGGUGUUCAAAUCCUUGCUGCAAUGUUGCCAGAGGACAAAAAUGAAGAGCAGAACCAUAUUCUCCAAGAAUACCGAUCAAAAGCAGACUACUACAUUUGUGCCAACCUGAACAAGAACGAAAAUGCCUCAAAUGUGCCUCGUACCCCAGGUGGCCUUCUCUACACAAGAAAAUGGAACCCCAUGCAAUAUGUUUCAACUGCAGCAUUUCUUCUAAUGGUCUACUCUGAUCAUCUCAAGGCCACGAACCAAAACCUAAACUGCAAUGGAAUUCCAGUGACUGCAGAUCAAAUUUACGCGUCCUCGAAAUUCCAGGUUGAUUACAUUCUGGGCUCAAAUCCAAUUUCCAUGAGCUACUUAGUUGGCUAUGGUUCCACCUUCCCAAGAAGAGUGCAUCAUAGAGGUGCAUCCAUUGAAGGUUAUGACAGAAACAAGGGAUAUAUUGGUUGCAAGGAAGGGUUUCAGAACUGGUUUCGACGACAAGAUCCGAACCCUAAUGUUCUUGUUGGAGCUCUUGCUGGUGGACCAGAUAAGGAUGAUCAGUUCAGUGAUCACAGGGGAAAUUUCAGACAGUCUGAACCUUGCACUUACAAUACUGCUCCACUUGUUGGGAUUUUUGCUAAAUUGCAUGCUUUGGAAAAAAAUUAG